AUGCUGGGACAAACGCUCAUCAAGAAGGGUCAUCGGCAAAAUCACCAAAUGACUGCUGUCCGAAAAAACCCUCUCAGGAUCAACAAUCCCAAUAAUGUACCCUCAAUACUGACCAGAGAUACGAAUAUUGUUACCGACACAAGUCCUCUUCAGAACACAAGUCAUUCAAUUUUAAUUGGAAAUAGUAUUAAUUUUAAUAAUAGUAAUAGCAACGUCAUCAUCAGCUCGACAACUCCCCAGCAUGGUCAACAAAAGAAAACGAGCCUUAAUAUUUCAACCGUUGAUUUGGAUUUAACUUUACGCUCUUCAUCCUCAACAUUUGAGUUGAUUGAUGGGCGAAAAAACAAUGUCAAAGAGAAUCUUCAUGGAGACAUUUUUGCUCACGAAGAAGAAACGGUUUGGGACGAUGAGGUAGUCACAAGAAAACCUCCAUCACAAACAUCCACUCUUCAACAAUUGCAAUCAUCACAAAAUACUAACUCAAACAAUACUAUUAGAAGCUCAAAGCAGUUCAGUUCAUCCCUUAUUAACAGUUCAAAUAUCACUCCUUCCAACAGCAAUUCAUUUUCUCCCAAGGCUUCCUUGCUUACAAGAAAGUCGAGCAGCACGUCAUUUCCAGCCAUCAACGGUUCGUCUGCCAUGAGGCAAUCCAUCACGUCGGUCAACAAAUUCACUUCUCUCACUCCUUCUAUUCCUACUGCUUCCCCGUCUGCCAUUAAAACCCCUUCUCCAACAUCAUUUGAAAUUAUUGAUACAGUGCCGUCUGUAUCUCGCCCCGCCUCUGUGUGCAGCAACCAUUCAACAGAUAAUCACCAAAAGGAAGACCGACCUUUUUUUCCGUCACCCCUUAAUACUGCCACCGAUCGAUUCGUUUCAACGAACCGAGAGAAUGUAAAGAACCAUGUGCAAAUUUAUGGAAACUCUGAAGUGUCUACACAACAAGAACUCACAAACACAACUCCACUCUCUAUUCAACCACCCUCUUCUUCAACUUCUUCUCGAAUACCCUCCAAAAUCAAAAAAACAUCGUCACCACUAUCUGUUCAAGAAAUUAACAUGUUAACUCAGUUCAAAGUUAAGAAAUCAUCCACCAAAUCGCCACAACCUGUUCUUCAUCCUCUACAUGGAAAACGGCCACUCAAAGUUCCCCUUACGCGGCCAACCGAGAGUAACAGCACAACAGAAUCUGAAAAUGCUGUUAUUUCAAGUGCUACCACAUCGCCUGCCUCCCCAAUCACAACAGCAACUACUUUCCUGAACAAUGCAGAACAAACUGUCUCGCAAUCAAAUCAACAUAUCAUGAUCACACACCAAGCAGGUCUUGUUCCUCGAAGUGUUCAUCAUUUUUCUGACGGUUUGCCUUCAUCCCCUCAAACUCCAACUGAUACAGGACAAAGCUCCACCUCAGUUCUCUCUCAACCAGAAAAAACCAAAACCCCUCUUAUUAUCUCUAAGAAGACAGGUUCACAAUUAAUUGAGCAAGAUCAACCGAAGGGCGAGAACAAUGAGCCCGUGACCAAGGAGAAGCUGAAAGAAAUUACAUUGAUCGACGUUUAUCCCAAUGGCUUUGAUACCUCCAACAAGAAAAUCAAGUAUCAACAUUCUUCUGAUCAGGAAUUGACGUAUACUGAUGUUGUUAAUGAGAUUAAAACACUCAACAGCAGGGUUGCUUUGUUGAAGAGGGAAGAAAAUGGAAAGAAAAAUAGCUUCAAAAAUCUCUAUAAUUUCCAGAACAAUCAACCAGCCAUGGAGGAAAUUAAUAGGUUUGAGGUUGAAAAGAUGGAAAAGAGAAUCAAACAUCUGAAAUACUAUAGGAAAAUUCUAAAGAGUGGAUUAUCUGGAUGGGCAGAAUAUAAGAAUGAAAGAGACUCCUAUGUAGCAUCAAGGAGAAACAGUUUUGCUGAGGAGGGUUUUCCAAACGUAGAACUAUCAAAAGAGGAAGAAGAGGUAGAAAUUAAACGUUUCGAUGAUGAAUAUAGAAGGUUCAAACAGCGUCUAAACCCAGAAAUUUCCACAAAAUUCUCCAAAGCUGUUGAGAAGGUGGAUCCUCAAUCUGUGGCCUCUUCACUUCUUGAAAACAUGCUUUCGCAUCGAUCUGAUAAGAUUAAAACCGAGGAAGAUAAGGCAGUUGAGAAGGAAAAACUCACAGCCGAAAUUACAAGAUGGAAGCAACGAUGGUCUCCAGCAAACACUCCAAAAAGAUCUACACAACUUUCUUCCUCGCCAAAAUCGUUCACAGAGUUUAAUUCUUCCUCAGAUAACUCGAUAUUUUCUGAUUCUGAAGGUGAUGAGGAUGAGUCAGAAACUGCUUCAGAGAGUGAAAAAGACGAUACUGAAGAUGAUAACGAUUUUGAAAUUGUGAUCAUUAAUGAUUUAGAGCUUCAAGAUGAAGAUGGUUUCUUUUUAACGUCGACAUUUUCUGACACAUAUAACGAGACAAUGUUUAACCAAGUUGAUUCCAGAAAGUUGUUGAAAGCAAUCGUUGACGCUUCUAGAAAAGAGAUCAAGACUACUCUUACAAAACCAUCGUUGAUGCAAUCCAAACAACAAGUGGGGGUAACACCUCUCAUUCUUACACCAAGCAUAUCUGUACCAAAAAAAGAGAACGACAACUACAAAGUGUUGCCACGCCUCUCACCAAAACAUAAUUCUGGAACAAACUUUGAUUUUACCACUUCGUCCUCAUUAAGCAGCAAUGUCGACGAAAUUUUUGAAAUGAAAGUGAAUGUAAGAGAAUCGAGAGUGAUUUCUGCAAAUAAUUUUUCUAGGUAUCGUGGAAAGGAAAUUGAGGAAAACAUUACUGUCUCUGACAAUCAAAAAUUCACAUCUUUGGAACCUCCGUCUCAGCGAGAGCUUGGUUUACAAAGAGCUCCUUCUCCUUCUGAGCUUGUACGAAGAUCAAGAGAGGUUGCUAUCAGUAACGAAAGUAGCCGUCUCAAGCAGUCCUCAUUCAAUCUCACCGAAGAUGAUCAUUUAGGUUCGUCAGCGGUCAUGACUUGUACCGAUCAUGUACUCAAUGAAUCUUCAUCCCUCGCCGAAAGUACGGAGCAAAACGGAACCAUUGAUUGGAAAAAGGAAGCAGGUAUGAUGCAACAAAAGAGAAGAACGAGUGUGUAUGAAACGGGAAAGGAUGAAGAUGAUAUGGUUCUUAUGAACGACGAAGAAAAAACAAAAAGAGCUGAAGACGAGGAUGAAAUGAUGACGAAGUCUCUAGUUGCACUUGAUGAUGAUUUGAAUUCCCCUCAACAAACAACAAUGGCUGACUCUGACAAGCAAAAGUUCCAGUUUAAUCAACUGUUGCAGCAUUUGAAUUCUGAAGUAGAGUACAACGAAAAAACUAAAAAGAAGAAGAAGAAACACAAGAGACAUGCCAGCAAGAUAACAGACACAGUGGGCACUGUUGAAUCAAGACCAGACACUCCCACCCACACUCGUCAAGACCAAGACAUUAUUGAAGAAGAUCCCAACAUGACAAUAACCUCGGAUCAACAACAAUUGUUUCAACUGCCACCUGACGGAUCCAAGAAGCUUAUUAUUGAACUUGAUGAAUUACUUGGUAUUGGAGCUCAUGGAAAAGUUUUCAAAGGCUUCAUUCCGAACUACAUGACAAACACAAAGGAUCCUGUUGCUAUUAAGAAACUUAGUGUAAAGGCAGGAAGGUUUUCGAAAAAGUUUAUCAAGUUAGAGGUGGAUAUUUUGAAACAACUCUAUCAUCCAUACUUGGUUCAAUAUAUAGGAUGCAAAUACAAUCCCAAAAUGAAAGAGUAUAGCAUUGUUUUAGAAUAUGUAGAUGGAGGAACUCUUGAACAAUACGUUAAAAACAAUGGUCCGCUCGAUGAGGUAACAGUAAGCGCAAUUGUGUCGCAAGUGCUCAUGGGUCUUGAAUAUUUGCACAGUAAGAGAAUUAUACAUCGAGAUUUAAAACCAGGAAAUAUCUUAAUUAGCAGCAAAGGUUGUGUUAAAAUCACUGAUUUUGGUGUGAGUGCACAAUUGCUAAAUCUUGAAGCUAUUCGAACCUCAACGGUUGGUACGCCUCAUUACACUGCACCCGAGGUUAUUUCAGUUCAACCCUACAGUUUUACCGCUGAUAUUUGGUCACUUGGUUGCGUGAUGCAUGAAUUACUUUUUGGAAAACGACCAUACAAUGAGUUUAAUCAAGUUGCUGCCAUGUAUCACAUGGUUCAAGAUGAUAAACCUCCCAUUCCACAACCCAACAACUUGAGCCCCAUUUGCCUUGAUUUUAUUAACAAAUGCUGGACCAAGGAUUGGAAACAACGUCCUGGGGCUCGAGAGCUGCAAUCCCACCCAUUCAUCAAUCACAGUGUUCCUGUUAUCGAGAAAUUUCUCAAUCUUAAUAAUGGUCGAAAAUCUGUGAUACUACAAGCAACGUCGAACUUGACAAAGGAUUCACAAGCCAAUGAAUGA